CUCCGCCGCGGCCCACCGAGCCCCGGGGGCAGCCGAGCCGCCGGCGACUCCCGCAGAGCUCCGGGUGCCCGCGCGAGGGGCCAUGCCGUGCCGGAGGGAGGAGGAAGAGGAAGCCGGCGAGGAAGAGGAGGAGGAGGAGGAGGACAGCUUCCUCCUGCUGGAACAGUCGGUGACUCUGGGCGGCUCGGGCGAGGUGGACCGACUGGUGGCCCAGAUCGGCGAGACGCUGCAGCUGGACGCGGCGCAGGACCGCCCUGCCUCCCCGUGCGCGCCCCCGGGGCCGCCACUGCAGCCCCCGCGACCCCCGGCCGUGGUGCGGGCGGACAAGGCCCGAGCCCCGGCUCUGCCGUUGCUUCUGCCGCCCGCCUCGGCCGAGACUGGGGGUCCGGCGCCCCCGGGGGCCCUGCGCUGCUCCCUCGGGGACCGCGGCCGGGUGCGGGGCCGGGCUGCGCCCUACUUUGUGGCCGAGCUCGCUGCAAGCCCCAGCGCGCUGCCCGGGCCGUGCCGGCGAGGAUGGCUGCGGGGCGCUGUCGCCUCCCGCCGCCUGCAACAGCGACGAUGGCCCCCAGCCGGGGCGCGCGCCAACGACGACGACCCGCACAGGCUCCUGCAGCAGCUGGUGCUCUCGGGGAACCUCAUCAAGGAGGCCGUGCGGAGGCUCCAGCGAGCCGUCGCCGCGGUGGCAGCCACGGGCCCCGCGGCACCCCCCGGACCCGGGGGCAGCCGCAGCCGACCGGACCCUGUCGCCCUUCAGCCCUCCGGCGCCUUGCACUGACCCAGGGCCCCUGGAGGAGGAAGAAGCCGUUGCGGGGACCCAACGGCGUCCUGUCCCUUCCCCAACCUUGAGCUGAAGCCGCCGUUGCCGUCCUGGGAGCGACCGCCUAGGCUGCAAGGAGGCGCGUGGGGAGACCUCAAGCCGAGAAGUUACCCGCCCCGGCGAGGCUGUCGGCGAAAACUUGAGCGUGGAGAAAUGCACGGGCCAAGGCGCGUCCGUGUCGCGUGAGAAUUUCCCCGGCCACCUCGGGGACAGGAACCUGGGAUAAAACUGGGAGAACUAUGGCAGCUAUUUGCAUCAACUUGUACCUGACUUAACCCUUGGGGGUGUCGUAUGCUUGGAUUGUUUAAAGAUACGGCUCCAAGGGGCGAGAAUCGCGAGGGCUUUGUAAGAAUACUUGAAAACUGAUGACACGAAUACAUUUUAUUUUCCGGUGGAGGAACUUAGUGAAAAUGGUGCUACAAAUGCUGUGCAAAGAAAUUCCGGAGGGAAGAAGAAUGUAAAAGCUUGGUGGUGGGUGGGUUGGCAUCGCCCGCCCCCUUUCUCGCACCUCAUCGGUGACUGGUCGAGGUGGGAGAUGUGAGCUCCAGUUGUCGGGGGUAGGGAGGUGGAGAAUUUUGAAGGUGGGUCGAGGUGGAUGUGGACUUUUAAAUGACUUGACCUUGCCACCUGUGUUUCAAGGUCACGGUGUGCUUGGUCGGAAGGUUGUGGGCUUCCUGGGAGAGCUAACUGACCGCUGUGUCUUUUCUUUCUCUUGCUCCAAGAAGAGCCCUGUCUGUGCUUCGCCACCUCCUAGCGUCUCCAGAGGACACACAGGUGGAGAGGGCUGUGCAAGGAGAGUUAGUUUUUCUCUGUGCUCUCCUUCUGUCCAGAACUCCUCCUCCUCCUGUGAGGCCACUCUUGGCCAUGCCAUGAGCUUUCUCAGAAACAGGCAUAAACAAUGUCUUAUGUCUCUCUCUUGUCCUCCCGGCUUGGCCUUUCUUAUUCCACCCUUUCUGAUGUCUUCACUGCAUGGAUGAGACCCCGGCUGUUUUUCUGCUCUGUUCUGGCCCUCUGUGGAGCCAUAGGCCUGAGCUUUCGUGGGUCUUCACCCCUCAGUUUCCUUCUGCCACCAGCUCUUUGUGAGUGACCGAAACCGUUUUUUAAAUGGGACUCUCCAAGAGGAGAAACCGCAGGCUUUACCCGUAUGAAACUUGACGAUGCUUUAAGUAAGGUGCCACCCCCAAACUUUAAAGGAGCUAAACUAAUUUUUUAAAAAGAUUCAAUGGCUUGUUCAUCCUCCAGAUGUAGCUAUUGACGUACACUUCGCACCGGAGUGUCUGAAAUUGUGGUGGUCCUGAUUUAUAGGAUUUCUUAAUUAAAAGUGUCUGCUGAAUAAAUUUGGUUUUUGUUUUGGAGCAUGCUUUGGCUUUUUGGUGGAAGGUGGGGGAAAGAAAAGCACAGAGGGGACACCUUUCAUGAUAAAGUCGUGAUGGAGAGGGGACUUAGGGGUCGAGGUGUGAGAUGGAGACCGGUGGAGCUGCAGUCGAUGAGUGCUUCUGGGUCGAUGUUCCACAAGAUCAGAAAAUUCAGUCCAGGUUUUUAAAAACAUGCUAGGUGGGCUUUCACGCCCUUUGUGGAAUAAGAACAUAGUCCAGAAACUUUCUAGCCUGGAGGACAGAGGCCAAGCGAUUUGCUGUAUCUGGAGGAGGGUGGAGGGAGGUGAAUUUUCUGAUUUUUUUGUGUUUGAAGAAUGGUGAGGGUAUAGACAGAGCCUGCCUAUUUUCUCCUUUGAGACUGACCCAGUCUUGAGCUGUGGCCUAGGGAAAGGACAAUAGGGUUUUAUAGCAGUAUAUUUGGUAGUUGUAAAAUGGGGUGUUUUGAGCAGAUGGGGGUUCAGUUAAUUAAGUGGCCCUCCUGGUUCUGCCCUCAGCCUUAUCUUCCCCAGGCUUGGGGCCCUUUCCCACAAGGAAGCCUUUCUUGGUACAGCCCAGCUCUGCUAACCAGCCCCAGGGGCACCUGUCCUGCCCAGCACCUUCUCACACGGGCUGCAGGGGAAGGCUAAUGCUCAGUGACUCAGUUUGACUCAGCCCCGCUGCUCAGCAGCUGUGUCAUAGUAGGCAAGUCACAGCUCUGUGCGUUUUCCUCCUCUCAUGUAUAAAACAGUAAUACUUAAUAGGUUGGUUGGGAGGGUAAAACGAGGACCUGAGGUGUCUGGGACACUUAAGAGCUUAAAAAAUGACAACUGCUGAUUCUUGCUGCCACCACUGGCCCCUCUUCCUUCAGUGGCCCCCAUCUGUCUCUUCAACGUGCCCCACGUGCCCUAACACUUCAGCCACCCCUUCCUUUCCACUGUGAGCACAAGUCACUGCCACCUCUUUUGCUUCUGUAUCAUAUAAGUCCCUUUUCCUGAACUUCCAGAAGGCCACCUCCACACACCUUCCAAAUGGUCUGUCUCUGCUGUCAUCAUUCCGGGGGUUGGCACUUGACACACGUGCCAGGUACUGUUCUGGGUGUUUUAAAUCAUUAUCUCAUGUCAUGGCUUUAUUCAUCAUGAGGUAGGCACUAUUUUCUCCAUUUUAUAAAGGAGGACACCGAGGCCCAGGAGAUUAAGUGAUUUGCUUGAAGUCACCACCUUUUAAGUUAAGGAGCUGGGAUUUGAACCCAGGCAGUGUGGCUCUAGUCUCUCCUGCUUUCCUCAACCAGAGCUUCUAGUCAUACUCUACCACCUCCAUGAGACUUUCUUGACACCA